AAAUUACCGAAGCCGCCAUAGAGAAUAAAGGACAGGGGAGCUGAGGGGCUGAUCGGGUCCUGGAGGCCCCACGGUGCCGGCGUGCCCCCCCAGAAGCAAGAUGUUACGACUACCUGUACGAAGGGCCUUAACUGGCCUUGUUCAGUGUCCUAAAGGAUGUGUGCGAACAACUACCACAGCGGCCAGCAGCUUGAUUGAAGUGUUUGUUGAUGGUCAACCUGUCAUGGUGGAACCUGGAACCACAGUGCUUCAGGCAUGUGAGAAAGUUGGUAUGCAGAUUCCUCGAUUCUGUUACCAUGAAAGGCUAUCGAUUGCUGGAAACUGUAGGAUGUGUCUUGUGGAGAUAGAAAAGGCCCCUAAGCCUGUAGCAGCUUGUGCUAUGCCGGUAAUGAAGGGUUGGAACAUCCUUACAAACUCAGAGAAGUCCAGGAAAGCAAGAGAAGGUGUAAUGGAGUUUUUAUUAGCAAAUCACCCACUGGACUGUCCUAUCUGUGAUCAGGGAGGUGAAUGUGAUCUGCAGGACCAGUCAAUGAUGUUUGGCAGUGAUAGAAGCAGAUUUUUAGAGGGAAAACGUGCUGUGGAAGACAAGAAUAUUGGUCCUCUUGUAAAGACCAUUAUGACUAGAUGUAUACAGUGCACUCGGUGCAUCAGGUUUGCUAGUGAGAUUGCAGGAGUGGAUGAAUUGGGUACAACAGGAAGAGGAAAUGAAAUGCAAGUUGGAACAUAUAUUGAAAAAAUGUUCAUGUCUGAAUUAUCUGGAAAUAUUAUUGAUAUCUGCCCAGUAGGGGCUCUUACAUCUAAGCCCUAUGCCUUUACUGCACGCCCUUGGGAAACAAGAAAGACAGAAUCUAUCGAUGUUAUGGAUGCAGUUGGAAGUAACAUUGUAGUCAGCACCAGGACAGGAGAGGUAAUGAGGAUUUUGCCAAAGAUGCAUGAAGAUAUCAAUGAAGAAUGGAUCUCUGAUAAAACCAGAUUUUCCUAUGAUGGAUUGAAACGGCAACGACUUACUGAGCCAAUGGUCAGAAAUGAAAAAGGGCUUUUAACUUACACUUCAUGGGAGGAUGCACUCUCUCGUGUAGCUGGAAUGUUACAGACAGUUCAGGGCAAUGAUGUGGCAGCAAUUGCAGGAGGUUUGGUGGAUGCAGAAGCCCUCAUAUCUAUCAAAGAUUUACUUAAUAGAGUAGACUCUGACUCCUUGUGUACUGAAGAAGUCUUCCCCACUGCAGGAGCUGGCACAGAUUUACGCUCUAACUAUUUACUUAAUACAACAAUUGCUGGUGUAGAGGAGGCAGAUGUUGUCCUUUUGGUUGGUACAAAUCCACGUUUUGAGGCACCCCUGUUUAAUGCUAGACUUCGGAAAAGCUGGCUUCAUAAUGACCUAAAGGUGGCCCUUGUAGGCACUAAAGUUGAUCUGACAUACAGCUAUAAUCACCUGGGAGAUUCUCCAAACAUCCUUCAAGAAAUUGCUUCAGGAGGCCAUCCAUUCAACCAGGUCUUGCAAGAGGGCAAAAAACCAAUCAUAGUUUUAGGCAGCUCAGCACUCCAACGAAGUGAUGGAGCUGCAAUUUUGGCAGCUGUUUCUACCCUUGCACAGAAGAUCAGGAUAAAGAGAAAAGUUGGUGAUGAUUGGAAAAUUAUGAAUAUCCUUCAUAGGGUGGCAAGCCAGGUAGCUGCUUUGGACCUUGGUUUUAAACCUGGAGUAGAGGCAAUUCGGAAGAACCCUCCCAAAAUGUUGUUUCUUCUGGGAGCAGAUGGAGGUUGCAUUACCCGUUCAGAUUUGCCAAAGGAUUGCUUCAUUGUCUAUCAAGGACAUCAUGGUGAUGUGGGAGCUCCUAUAGCUGAUGUUAUACUCCCAGGAGCAGCUUACACAGAAAAGUCUGCUACUUAUGUCAAUACAGAGGGCAGAGCUCAGCAGACUAAAGUAGCCGUGACACCUCCUGGCAUGGCAAGAGAAGACUGGAAAAUUAUCCGGGCUCUCUCUGAGAUAGCUGGUAUGACUCUUCCUUAUGAUACGCUGGAUCAAGUGAGGAGUAGAUUGGAGGAAGUGUCCCCUAACCUGGUCCGAUAUGAUGAUGUAGAGGGAGCUAAUUAUUUCCAAGAAGCAAGUGAGCUUGCCAAGCUAGUGAAUGAACAGCUGCUUGCUCAGCCUCUUGUUCCACCUCAGCUCACAAUAAAAGACUUCUACAUGACAGAUCCUAUUAGCAGAGCAUCACAGACAAUGGCCAAGUGUGUGAAAGCUGUAACCGAGGGUGCUCAGGCAGUAGAGGAGCCGUCCAUAUGCUGAAACAUUACACUCCACGAAUGGAA